UGGAAAAGAACAAGAUAAUGGAAAUAGAAGAGCAAAAGCAAAAGCAGUUAGAAUUACUGGAACAAAUUGAACAACAAAAGUUAAGAUUAGAAACUGAUUGCUUCAAGGCUCAGCUGGAAGAAGAAAAAAGAAAAAAUAUUCAACAGACUAAGGUUGGCACUGCUCUGGCAUCAUGCACUGUUAUUUCUGAUGAAGAUGGACAUAGGCAGAUGAUUCGUAACUAUCAACAGCAGCUUUUACAACAAAACAGGUUACACAAGCAAUCUGUUGAAACUGCCAGGAAACGAUUACUAGAGUAUCAAAUAUUAAAAGGAAGGUAUCCAUCCAUGUCAGCCACAUCUUUGAUAUCUGAUUCUGUUAUAUCAAUACUACGACAGAAAUCUGAAAAACAUACUGCUACAUCAGAGCAUUGGAAUCAAAGUCAGAGACUCAAGUUAAGUCUUAACAUGCAACCCAUACAGAUUUCUAAAUUAGAACAAGAUCAUAUUCAGGUACCAGGACAAAAUCACUUUCCACAAAGACAGAUAAAAACAACAGAAAUAGUAAGAACUUCGGAUGUUUUAGCCAACAUAGAAUCACAGGAAUAUCUAAGGCAGUUCUCUAAGACUGAAACACAACAGAGAGACUAUAAAUUGGUCCCUAAAGAUUCUCAUAAACUUUCAGGGGCUUUGUCAUAUGAUCAGCCACAGAUAUUACAGGGUGCUAUAGAAAUACCUGAAACACUUAGGGUACCAACUUUUCAAGCUUUAGAAUCUCAACAAAUAUUAUCAGAUGACAGUGAAAAUAUAUCCUCUAAGCUCACUGAACCAUCUUCAUUCCUACCACUGGCACCUGAACAUUCUUUUACUUUUCUCCCUGUUAAAGUUGAGUCUGGAAAAACUCAGGAACCCCUUUCAAUCAUAAACAAAAGUACAGUUUCCAUAGGCCAUUCUCCAAUCAGCCAAAUACACGAUCAUCCUUUGACAUCCUCAGAGACUAUCGCAGCCCAGCAAGGUCAUUUGAAGGCCCUUCAAAAACAGUUAGAACUACAGAAGAGUAUUCUUCAGGCAAGAUAGGAGCAGCUGCUUUUGUAUAAACAAAAAGAACUGGAAGAACACACUGGUCUCUCUGCACUCCAC